AUGAUUAAACAACAGCAACUUAAGGCGCAAAACGCCCAGGUCCUUCAGACCAUUACAUACGCCAUAUAUGCAUAUAAUUCAAAGACGGCAGAACAAACGCAAAGGUUGAAAUAUGGAGAUUUGGAGAUAGUAUUGAAAAAUGACCAUUUCGAAUUCGUUUGCAAAGGUGGUGCAGUGAUAUCAAAUAUAAAAGAAAUUUUAUUUAUGAAUUCUAAAAUUAAAGGUAUAACGGAUGAUAUAACAUCAAUUCCACCAGAAGAACAGAGAUAUUACGCAUUAAAUGCAUUUCCUAAAGUUUUGAAGAUUGGAAGAUUUAAUUUAAAUGUGGAAUUCAUAGAAGGUUUCCUAAAUGACAUAAUGAAGAAGGUGGAUAAGGAAUAUGUUAAUAUUGAAUUAAAUAAGAAGGCAAAUUUGGUUUAUGUUGAUGAAAAAGAUAAUGAAAUUAAAGAAAAGGUUAAAUGGUAUCAUGAAUGGACAUUGGAGACUUUUAAAGUUAAAGCUGAUACAGAAUGGGUUUCAGGAUGUUUAGACCUUAAAGCAGAUAAAACUUAUGUUAACGAUGAGUUAAUGAAGAAAGCAGAUAAGGAAUAUGUUAAUACUGAAUUAAAUAAGAAAGCAGAUAAGGAAAAAGUUAUUUCAUUCAUUAAUACUGAGUUAGCAAAGAAAGCUGAUAUAUCAUUUGUUAAUGAAGAAAUAAAACAAUCAGAGGUCUAUUUUACUCCACCAUUUUUAAAUUUUAUGAAAUCAUCAGAUAAAACCUUUGAUAUAGAUUCUUUUGAAUGGAUAUGUUUCGAUGGAGUGACCACGUAUUUAUUUUAUACAGCUGGAGUGCUUUAUUAUUUUAAAACAAAUGAUUUUAAAAACUAUGAAUCAUUUACUCCAUCUGUUUGGAAUCCUGAUACACGAAAGCCAAUCAUUAAUCCAAGAAUUUUAUAUGUUGAAUAUAAUAACGGUAAAUUUAUGGGAAUGAUAACGGUUGGAGAUGAUUUUUACCCUUGUUAUUCAUUCGAUUGUAUCCAAUGGUUCAAAUGUAAUUUAAAUCAAGAUGCUAAAUUUAAAUAUCCAAAUAAUCCUAUUAGAUGCGUUAAUAAUAAAUGGGUACUAAUUUAUGAAGUCAAUCAAAUUUUCAUUAGUGAGGAUGGGAUAAAUUAUUAUAUGUUUAGUAUGAUGUCAUCAGAUUUGGAAAUUGAUUAUACAAGUAAGUGGUAUUACAUUAACAACAUGUAUUUUAUCCUACAAAAUGAUAAAAUUUAUAGAUCAUCUUCAAUACCAUUUGGUCGUUUUGAACAAAUUUUUCAAGCUGAUGGAGACAUUGAAGCUUUAUGUUAUGCUUCAAAUGUUUGUGUUCUUGUUUCAGGUGGUAUGGUCUAUUCAUAUCCUGUAAGUUAUAACAGACAUAUUUAUUUAUCACAGGAUUUUUCACAGGAUCCAGAGAGAAGUUAA